AUGUCCGACCCUCCCAAAGCGAAGCGCGUUCACUUCAGCUCUGACGACGGCGAUGGCGCGGGGUCCUCCGCGCGCCACGCGCCAGCGCAGGAGCCGCGCAGAGUGGGAUGCGGGAAGGGGAUAAACUGGCGGGACGGGGACUCGGACGACGAGCGGGAGCGGGAGGCGCAGGCGAUGCGCGAGGGGGAGAAGCGGCGGCAAGAGGAGGCGCAGGGGGCGGGCGGAGCGAAGGCGGAAGAGGAGGAAGAGGGGAAGGAACCGCUGGGCGAGUAUGAGAGCUACGCGCAAGACUGCAUCACCAUUCUGCUGGUGCGGGGCGUGGAGGACGUGGAGAGGGAGGAGCGCGGCGAGGGCAGUGUGAAGUGCUGCCCGGAGUACGUGCACCAGAUGCUCGGGGACGAUGGCAUCGUGUACGGUUACAAGGACCUGCAGGUGGACAUCUGGAUGCAUGCAUCCACGUUCCUCACCUUUAUCGACAUCUCCUACUCGCAUGAAUUGCCCAAGACAAAGAAGAAGGCGAAGAAGCAGGCGAGCGAUCACAGGGAGCCUCACGACAUUCAUGCCAUUUUCAAGUCGCUCUUCCCCCAGGGCUUCACGACGUCACGGGAGGAGUUCGUUGCAGCCCUUCCUCUCCAACCCCAGCUCUUCCAGGACAUGGUGUCAAAACACGCAACAGUGGAGCAGCCAUGGCAGCAGGUGCAGCGGAAGGGCAGCAGGGGUGAGAGCACAGAAGAUGGGAAGGAGGGAAGUGAAGCAGGGGCAAAAGCAGCAGAUGAUGGUGACAAAGGUGGUGGCGUUGCUGACGAUGCACAAGCAGCUGCUGAGUGUGAGGUGGUCCCAACCAUGGACCUAUCGCAGCAGUGUGUGCGGGACUGGCAUGCGCGCAUGCAGCCACUCGUCAGGUUCUUCAUAGACAACGGUCAGCCUAUUGACAGCACGGACCCUCUCUGGACGCUCUCAGUCGUUCUGCAACGCCCCGCUGCCCCUUCCUCUUCCUCUCCUCCUUCCGCCACUGCUGCUGCUGCAUCUGCUCCCUCUGCUGCCUCUGGUGCAAAGGAGGGUGCAGCAGCAUCAGCGAAGGGAGAGGAGGAGGUGGUGGUGGUGGGGUUUUGUACUAUCUACUCCUUCUACCACCAUCCCAACAGCACGCGGCUUCGACUCAGCCAGAUCCUAGUGCUGCCGCCGUACCAGGCCAUGGGGCACGGGUCGCAGCUGUUGAACCAAGUGCACGCCAUGGCAUGCCGCGUGCAUGCAUACGACAUCACAGUGGAAGACCCUUCAGACGACCUGCAGCAGCUGAGGGAGGCCCUUGACUGCAUGCGCCUGCUCUCCCUGCCCUCUGCUGCUGCUGCCGUGCAGUCCGCUGUUUCGCGGGUCACUGGGUUUGUGAGCGCUCGCUUGCCCACCACUGCUGCUCCCCCUGCUGCUGGUGAUGGUGCUGCUGGUGAUUGUGCUGGUGCUGGUGGCGAUGGUGGUGGAGGGGUUGAGGGAGGGGAGGGGAAGGGGAGCAAGGAAGGCGAGCAGGGGUCGGAUGAGAAGAAGCAAGAGGAAGGAAGAGGGAGUGCUGCAGAGGCAGGAGGAACAAAGGGUGGAGAUGGAGGUAACGGCGAGGACGGUGAGAAGGGCGGGGCGGAGGAGAAGGAGAAGGGGGAGGUAGGCAGUGACGAGGAGGAGAGCAGCGAGGCGAUCACAGCAAUGGAGUCCCUUCUGGUGCUGCCCCACAGCAUGGCAGAAGAUGCACGGGAGAAGCUGCACCUGAACAGGAAGCAGGUGGAGCGGUGCUGGGAGGUGCUGCUCUUCCUGCACCUGCCCUCCAUGGGUAGCGCUGGCAGACGCGCGUGGAAACGGCUGGUUACCAGCCGGGUUAAACUGGAAGAGCUGGGAGUGAAGGGCGCGCAGGGGCGGGGGCGGGACCGGGGUGUGAAGAGGGUUCCAGUGCCUGAUGUUGCACUAGAGGAGGGCAAGGAAGAGGGCAAGCGAACGAUACUCAGCUCAGCAGGGGAAGUGAAAGGUGGUGAGAAUGAGAGGGUGGGUUCAGACCGUGUGCUUGUUGCUGGGGAUGGCAGCUCCAGCAGUGUGGAGGUUUUUCGGAGCGUGGAGGAGGAUGAGGGUAUUAAGAAGGCUCUUUUGGAGCUAGUUGCGGAUAGGGAAGAACAGGUGGUGGCUGCUGCAGGGAUUGUGCAGAAAUUACAGAAGAGAGCGGGGGCGGCAGAAAGUGGUAGGGAAGUUGCAGGAGGAGCAGGAGAUUCCGACGGAGAGCCUACUAACACAACCGACGCAACCAAUGCUAAUCCACACCUUCAACUACCGCCCAUCCCUCCUCGCGAGCCGCCUGAUCCGUCCGAACCAUCACUAUCCGCUGCGGCGGAAGGAACAACGUCUGAGAUUACCGACACUACAAUUGGUGGUGCGAGAUCCACCGCGUACCGCGGCGUGCGGCAGCGGCGCUGGGGUAGAUGGGUGACGGAAAUUCGGGAGCCGGUGCGUGGCCAACGGAUAUGGCUCGGAUCGUACGACACUGCGGAGGAGGCUGCUCGCGUGUACGACAUGGCCGCGCGCCUUUUGCGCGGUCGGUCUGCGCGACUGAAUUUUCCCGGACAGCAGGUGCUGCCCGUGGCCUUGCCGCGAGGCACGGCGGAGAUUCUGCUCGAGGCGAGUCGCGAGGCGGCUCUUCCUAGGAGCAGCACGAGGACCAGCACUGCUGGUUCCGCUAGUGGCGCCGUGGACAUGCACAGCCUCGCUGUGGCUGCUGCAGCCGCUGCCGUGAUUCUAAGGCAGGCCGCAGCAGGCACAGGGACGCAGUGCUCCCAGAGAGACAUGGACCUUCUGAUUGGCGCAAUGGGCGCAAGGGCAGCAACGGGCGCAGGCCCGCAAACGAUGGGAAGCAGCGGUGGCGGCGGAGGGGUGAGCUCUGGUGGCCGCGAAGCUGCUGGCUUACUGGAGAGCCUGCGAGCCGCGGAGAGGACAGCCAGAGGAGGGGGUGGCGCAGCUGUGGAGACUCCUGGUGGGGAGAAUGGCGCAGGAAGGGACAUGAUGGUGGAAGCAGGGCUAUCACAGGAGGGUGAGGAGAGGCGGGAGGGUCAGGGACAGAUGGCGCUGGGCGUGAGUGAGAUGCGCUGUGAAGUGCGGGGGCAAGAAUGGGCAGGAGAGGGGUCUCAGACGGGAGGUGGUGCGAGGACGGCAGUCACAGGAGGAAAUGAGCAUGCUAGUGGGCAGCAGGGAGCAGGAGCAGGAGCAGUGACUGGGUUUCAUGCAUAUUACGCGCCAGUCGCCAUGGCACAACAGGCCCAGCAGACUCGUAGAAGCGGCUCGUUUCAAGAGACUGUAUCAGCUGCAUGGUCAGGGUCUGCUGGUUCUGACUUGGAUGCUGCAAUGUGGGAGGGAGGGCACAUGGAAGGCGGAGGACAGGCGGGCAGAGAUAGGGAGGGGAGUGUGGAGGUGGAAGGUGGUGUGGACACAGAAUUGGAGAGGUUUCUCAUGGGGAUUGUGAGUGGCUCGGGAAUGGCGGAAGAUGAUGGGAGAAGCAGCCUUGCAGGUGGAGAUGCUUGA